UCGGAUCCAAUAUCCAAAGCCGUUGGAUCGAACCUAUUGUCCACACAACGGGGUCGGGUUUCCAAUCUGUUGCAGUUGAUACUUGAUACUUUUGCUUUGAUGCCUCAAGUCCCAACUCCCAACCCUCUGCUCUCUGUUUCUCAGCUCCCCUUCAAUGGCAGCCCUCAACCUAUCAUCAACUGUACACACCCCGGUACCCACCACCUUUUCUCUUCGCUUACUCCUCUCUUAUUCUCCCCAAAAUACCCCUACCCUUUCAUUCUAUUCACAUUCCAAGCCCUCCCUUCUUUUCCCCUCUGUAUCUCUCAGACCCACAACCACAAUUAAACCUCGUUCUCUAAACACCGUCGUGGUUUCGGCUCUAAAAAAGCUCUCCGAGACAGACCUAGUCUCCAUUCCGCCGGAAUCUGACCAACUCGCGGUGAAAUUCCCGUCAGAUUCUGGCGUCUACGCCGUUUAUGACAAAAAUAAUGAUCUUCAGUUCGUUGGCAUAUCGCGGAACAUCGCGGCCAGUGUCCUCGCCCACCGGAAAUUUGUGCCGGGGCUCUGUUACUCCGUCAAGGUAGGGGUGGUAGAUGAGCCCGACAGAACAGCUUUGACCCAAGCUUGGAAAUCAUGGAUGGAAGAACACAUAGGAGCCACUGGAAAGGUACCACCAGGUAAUGAAUCAGGAAACACCACAUGGGUUCGGCAGCCACUGAAAAAGAAGCCUGAUCUGCGAUUAACACCAGGCCGCCAUGUCCAAUUGACGGUCCCUCUGCAGGAACUCAUUGACCGAUUGGUGAAGGAGAACAAGGUGGUGGCCUUCAUCAAGGGAUCAAGAAGUGCUCCACUAUGUGGAUUCUCACAGAGGGUGGUGGGGAUUCUUGAAAGUGAAGGGGUGGAUUAUGAGAGUGUUGAUGUGCUGGAUGAAGAGUAUAAUAAUGGAUUGAGGGAGACAUUGAAGAACUAUAGCAACUGGCCUACAUUCCCUCAAAUUUUUGUUAAUGGCGAAUUGGUAGGUGGGUGUGAUAUCUUGUCCUCCAUGCAUGAGAAGGGUGAGCUUGCUGGUCUGUUUAAAAACUAGACCCUUUUCUGGUUUUGUGAAAUUAAGACUGGUGUAACACGUAGAUCAGGUACUGAAAUAAUCUAUAUGAGUCUCAGCUCUUGAUGCUACUGCUCUACCAUCCAUGUGCUUAAAGAAAUUUUUUGUUUCUUCGAAUCAUAGAGAAAUUGGUUUUA